CCCCCCACAUUUCAAUCGCCUCCACUAAAACCCUAGUGAAGAAACCAGCCGCUCUGCUCACAGUAGCUCUGCCGAGCCAUGUCCGAGAUGGAGCUUUCUCGCUCGGAGAAGAAAAAGAAGAAGCACCGCUCCAAGGAUGAGACCCCUGUCGUCUUGCCCGAGCCACUCUCCUCUCUGGGUUCGGAGCCCACUCAGAAGGGCUCCGACUCUGGGGACUUCAUGAUCAAGCCCCAGAGCUUCACUCCUUCCAUUGACACCUCUCAAUGGCCCAUUCUUCUAAAAAACUACGACCGCCUCAACGUUCGUACAGGACACUACACUCCUCUCCCCUCCGGCUACUCCCCUCUCAAGCGUCCUCUCGAACAGUAUAUCAGGUACGGUAUUAUAAAUCUUGAUAAACCCGCUAACCCAUCUUCACAUGAGGUAGUUGCCUGGAUCAAACGGAUCCUCAAGGUCGAAAAAACGGGUCACAGUGGUACCCUCGAUCCCAAAGUCACUGGGAACCUGAUUGUUUGCAUUGAUCGAGCCACUAGACUCGUCAAAUCGCAACAAGGCGCUGGGAAAGAGUAUGUCUGUGUUGCUAGGUUGCAUUCUGCGGUACCCGAUGUGUCUAAGGUUGCUCGGGCACUCGAAACCCUCACUGGAGCUGUUUUUCAGAGGCCGCCUUUGAUUUCUGCGGUGAAGAGGCAGCUCAGGAUUAGGACUAUAUAUGAAAGUAAGCUUCUUGAGUAUGACGCUGAUAAGCAUUUGGUGGUUUUCUGGAUUUCUUGUGAGGCGGGGACUUAUGUGCGGACGAUGUGUGUGCAUUUGGGUCUGAUUCUUGGAGUUGGAGGGCAUAUGCAGGAGCUGCGGAGGGUAAGGUCGGGGAUUUUGGGCGAGAAAGAUAACAUGGUUACCAUGCAUGAUGUGUUGGAUGCACAAUGGAUGUACGAUAAUUAUAGGGAUGAGACCUAUUUGAGGAGGGUGAUUAUGCCGCUCGAAGUGAUUUUGACGAGUUAUAAGAGGUUGGUUGUGAAGGAUUCUGCUGUGAAUGCUAUUUGUUAUGGUGCGAAGUUGAUGAUUCCGGGAUUGUUGAGGUUUGAGAAUGAUAUUGAGGUUGGAGAGGAACUUGUGCUCAUGACUACCAAAGGAGAAGCAAUUGCAUUGGGGAUUGCAGAGAUGACAACUGCGGUGAUGGCAACUUGUGAUCAUGGUGUUGUCGCAAGGAUUAAGAGGGUAGUGAUGGAUCGGGAUAUGUACCCAAGGAAGUGGGGGUUGGGGCCGAGGGCAUCGAUGAAAAAGAAACUGAUAGCGGAUGGGAAGUUGGAUAAACAUGGGAAGCCAAAUGACAAUACCCCUCAAGAAUGGAUGAGGAACCUGGUUUUACCCACAGGUGGGGAUUCUGUGGUUGCAGGCAUUGCAGCUGCUACAGAACCUGCAGUAGUGAAGGAAAAGAAAGAGAAGAAUAAAAGUAAGGAUGAUGGUGAUGAUGGGGAGGGGCGUAAACGGAAGCUGGAUGAAAGCACCGAAACCCCUGUUCCCCUUCCUUCGAAGAAAGCUAAAGUUUCUGAAGUUACAGAGAUUCAGAAGGAAGAGGGCGUGAAGGUUAAGAAGGUCAAGGAAGAAGAGGCAGAGGUUGAAGUUGAAAAGAAAGAGAAGAAGAAAAAGAAAAAGAAGGAUAAAGAGGAUGGCGAUGCAGGUGCUUUAGGUGACGAAAAGGCCGAGAAGGAGAAGAAAAAGGAGCACAGAGAUAAGGUUGAAGCUGGUUCACCUGAAGCAGACAAGUCUGAGAAGAAGAAAAAAAAGAAGAAGAACAAAGAGGCCGAGGAUGGUGGGGCUGCAGCCCUUACUGGCAUUGCUAAUGGUGCAAGUGAUGGUGAGGCUAGUGUGAGUGAGAAGAAGAAAAAGAAGAAAAAGAAGAAUAAAGAUGCCGAGGAAGAGUAGAAAGGAUUAUGAUUUUGGUCUCUAUCUGCAAUGCUUUCUCUACAAAGCUAAUGUAGCCCACAAAUCGGAGAAUGGAUUGGACCUUAUGAUGAGAAAAAGGAAAGGAGGCUAGGAUGGUAGUGCUGCAUCGCCCACUGGCUUUUUUACUGGUGCCGGUGAAGGUGAUAAUGAGGCUGAAAUGAGCAAAAGAGAAGAAACUAGAAUAAAGAUGAAGAAGAAUAGAUUAAUUGGUUUUGAGUUGGUUUUUAAUUAGCAGAACUCUAGAACGUACAUCUGCUCUUUCUCCAGCAGUGAUUACUGCAUCGUAGUAACCUUUUAAUCCAUUUUUCUGGAGGACUACCUUUUGCGGUUUAGUUCCGCAUGUUAA